AUGUUGGGUAUAUUCAGUGGAGCGAUAGUAUCACCGCCGGAAGAGCUGGUGGCUGCCGGAAGCCGAACUCCGUCGCCGAAGACAACCGGAGAUGCUCUAGUGAACCGGUUCGUCGAGAGAAAUCCCUCUGCCGUUGCUGUUCAAGUCGGAGACUAUGUUCAGCUUGCUUAUAGUCACCACAAGGAGAGUCCUCUCCGGCCUAGAUCAUUUGGGGCCAAGGAUGAGAUAUUCUGUUUGUUCCAAGGCUCACUUGACAACCUAGGAAGCUUGAAGCAGCAGUACGGUCUUGCCAAGAAUGCGAACGAGGUUCUUCUGGUCAUCGAGGCUUACAAGACUCUCCGUGACAGAGCUCCUUACCCGGCCAACCACGUUGUGGCUCACCUAAGUGGCGAUUUCGCCUUUGUGGUCUACGAUAAAUCAACCUCCAGUCUGUUUGUAGCCUCGGACCAAGAUGGGAAGGUUCCAUUGUAUUGGGGGAUAACAGCUGAUGGGUGUGUGGCAUUUGCCGAUGAUGUUGAGUUGCUUAAAGGUGCUUGUGGAAAGUCUCUAGCUUCUUUCCCUCAAGGCUGUUUCUACUCGACGGCGUUAGGUGGGCUUAAGAGCUUUGAGAACCCGAAAAACAAGAUCACUGCCGUUCCUGCUAAAGAGGAAGAAAUUUGGGGAGCCACCUUCAAGGUGGAAGGAGCAACAGUUCUUGCAGAUUGA